UUCCAAGAAAAUGAGGGAAAAUUACUCCCUUCCAGUAACUUACACUGGCAGAGUGCUCGGUUUUCCUCCUUAUUGGGAGGUUGCUUCUGUAUUUUACAGCUCUGCCCAGGCAAAGUGACCGUGGAGAGGAGCAGGAGCAGCCGGAGGGAAGGGCAGCAUCCCAUCCCCAAACCUCCGUGCCCAGCGGGGACAGAAACCCGUGGUGUCCAUCCCAGGGCACCAAAGGACGUCAUCGCCUUCCCAGAGGCUUUAAACGUCAUUAGCUGCUCACGUUUGGUGUGGAGAAGAGAAACAAAAUACAGGAUUUCCUGUUCUGCAGCCACCGGACCGGGCUGCAGAUGCCGGCGGGAUUCCAGCGCUCUAAAACAUGUGGAAGGCAAAGCAGGGAUCGCUGAGAAAAUCAGUGGGGAAUAAAAGCAGGACGCUGGCAGCUCCUUAGCACGGCUAUGACCCCCCCGGAGCAUGGGAGGCACAGGAAGAACCCCCUCCCCUGCCGUGACCGCCCCAUGAGUGAGGAGCCCCUGCCAGGAUGGAGAGCAACGUGUCCUCUGGGAACUGUUCUGACCCCCAGAUGUCCUUCCAGUCCACCCUCUACGCCACCACCUACACCCUCAUCUUCAUCCCGGGGCUCCUGGCCAACAGCGCUGCCCUGUGGGUGCUGUGCAGGUUCCUCAGCAGGAAGAGCAAAGCCGUCAUCUUCAUGAUCAACCUGGCCGUGGCCGACCUGGCCCACGUCCUCUCGCUGCCCCUGAGGACCUACUACUACAUCAACCACAGCUGGCCCUUUGGGAGCUUCCUGUGCCAGGUGUGCUUCUACCUGAAGUACCUCAACAUGUACGCCAGCAUCUGCUUCCUCAGCUGCAUCAGCAUCCAGCGGUACCUGUUCCUGCUGCACCCGUUCCGCGCCAAGGGCUGGAAGCGCCGCUACGACGUGGCCAUCAGCGCCCUGGUGUGGCUCCUGGUGGGGGCGGCCUGCCUGCCCCUCAUCAUCGUCAGGAGCCCAGCCCUGUCCAGCUCCAUCAACAGCUGCUUCUCGGACCUGGGCGUGAAGCAGCUCAGCCCCGGCGCCGCCAUCGCGCUGGUGACGGUGGCCGAGCUCUUCGGCUUCGUCAUCCCAUUCGGCACCAUCGCCUGGUGCACGUGGCGGAUGUGGCACUCGCUGCGGGAGGGCCCCACGGCGCUGCAGGACGCGGGCGAGAAGCGCAAGGCCCUCAGGAUGGUCCUCAUGUGCGCCGCCGUCUUCUUCGUCUGCUUCACGCCCUACCACAUCAACUUCCCCUUCUUCAUGAUGGUGAUCGAGAACGUCGUCCGGGACUGCGGCCUGCACCGCGGCACGCUGCGCUUCCACCCCGUGUCGCUGUGCCUGGCCAGCCUCAACUGCUGCCUGGACCCCGUGCUCUACUACUUCAUGACCUCCGAGUUCCAGGCCCAGCUGCUGGGCCACGGCUGCGUGGCGCUGAGGGCGCGGCUGGGGCCCCGCCGGGCCAGCGCCUCGGCCGGCGGCGCCCACGACAUCCGCCUCAGGAGGAGGAACCUCCCCCGCCUCAGGUUCUGCUCCCUUCCCAAGCUCUUCGGCCAAAUCAACAGCAUGGAGAUCCCCGCCGUGCCGCCCGACGAGCUGCUGCUGGAGUCCAUCUCCUGAGCCUGGCCCUGCCCGCACAGGGGUUCUCGGAGCUGCACUCUGCUCUGCAAAUCCCUCUGGAGUCAGCCUCGUGUGCUGCAGAUCCCAGGACUCAUCCAUAAGGACCUUGUGGUGCCCAAAGGUUUGCUGGUUGUGUUGUUGUUGCUGCUGGGGGCUGUUGUCUUCCAUCCCCUCAUAAGUCAUUGUUGAUGCCAAAGUUUCCCCUGUGCUGAACUGCAGUGGGUUUGGGUGCCUCAUUUCAGGUGUUUCAGUGUUUCUGAGAUUUGGCAUUUUUGGGAAUCCUUCUGAACUCUGAAAGUUGGCACAGCUCUGUGGAUUUCAGCCCUGAGGCUCACAUGGGGCUCUGCAUCAGGACCAUUCAUUAACUCCACAUAAACUGAACCAUUUUCCACUACAAAAAUCCAUCACCUGCAUCCAAUCCAGCCUAAUCUGCAAGACUAUAACCAAGAAAACAGUAUUUUAUCACAUCAGUGUUAUAAGGGAGGGUUCAAACAAACUGGGCUCAGCUCAUGUUGCUGGAAAAGGCACCCAGAGCUGAGCCAAAGGAUCCACCUGGCUCCUGGGAGCUGCAGCUUCUCGGCUGAUCAUGGAGAAUCAAUAUUUGAAUGAUAAAUUGUGAUAGCCAUGCCACAAACAAAGAGGGAGAUGUGCCACCUCCCAGGGCACAUUAACUCACAGAGCUCUGGUGGGAGCUGCAAGAAGAGGGACUUGUUGUUGGUGUUUCUUGUGUUGUUAUUUGGAGUCUUGUGUUAUUUGUCGUGUUGCUGACACGUGUGGUUGCACAUGAAGAUGUUAUCCAAACCUUCAGUUUUGCUUUGAACAUCAAAAGCCAUCCCAACCCCCACUGGGUACUGAGAAAAUUUACAGAACUGACUCCAGUACACCCUGAAAGCUUCAAACUCUGAGGAAAUAAAAUGAUCCCAAUGUGUA